AAAAUUUCUGAAUUCUUCACACCCCUUUUUUUGUCGUUAGUGCUUUUUUCUUCUUCUGUGUAUUGAACUAUUGAUUAUAUGAAAAGGAAUGGUUGAAAUGAUGUUGCAUGUGAGAAUGAAAGACAUGUCAUCAAUUACCGGCAACCGAUAUAAGCAGCAACCAAACCCCCAAUUUGCUUUCUCUGCAGAUGAACCCUAAUUCCCUUUCUCUUUCAAGUUUCAACCUUCAAUAUCUCAUCUCCAUCAUCUUCAACUUUGCAAAUUGGAGUCACAAGAGGAACAAGAUCUUGCUCAAUUGCCACCUCAAGUGAUUGUUGGUGAGAAAUGCAAGAUCCGAGGAUUCCUUUGUCGGAGGAGAUCUUGAAUAAUAAACCCAAGAAGAAGAAAAACUCAUCCCAAAAGGCGCCUCUGUUUCAGUUGCAAGGGAACAAUGUGAAGGAAGAUGGACAUGUUCCUCUGUCGGUAAAAUCUGGACAGAAGGGUUCCAAAAGACACUUGAUGACUGAAGUCUCGCCACCUUUUCAGAAACAAGAGGGUUCCAAUUCAGAUUCGUUGCCUGACUCAUCUGCUGGUGGAAAUGAGUACCGCGCAUUGAGGCGGAAGUAUAUGAUGUUGGAGGAUGAGAGCUUUGCAUUAGGGAAAGAGCUAAGGGAAGUUGAGUAUGAGGUGAAGUCCCUUGAAGAUGAGAAGAUUGGACUGCUGGAUCAGCUUGUUGUAAUGGAAGGCCUUGUUGAUCCAUCAGAAAUUCGCUCAUAGUGCUUACAACUAUCUAGCACUCUGUAUGUCAUUUCAUGAUUCAUCUCCUGAUCAUGUGACACCUAUAUUUUGCUAUAUAAUGCCUAAAACAGAAGUCAAUGUUUGACUCCUUCUGUGUAGCACUUUAGAAUUUGGAUGAAUAACAUCAUUUGUAGAGACUAAAUCAGUUUAAAUUCUACACUUCACUGAUGUCUAAAGUGCAGACAGGAUAGUUCAAUCAUUGUCUUUAGUCAUAGUAUUUUGUUCA